GGGAGAAUGUGCGUCCCCGCGGGCCGGCCCGCCUGAGCCAUGCGCCCCCUCGGCGGCGGAGCGCCGGCCGGCAUGGAGCCCCACUCGGCCGCACUCUGACUCGCUGUACGCCCCGCGGCCGGCGGGCGGCGGCGGCCCGAAGCCGGGGAGCGGCGCCACGGGACGGGAGCGAGCGGGCGCGAGCGCCGCGCAGAUGGCCGGGGCAAGCAAGGUCUGAGGCUCGGCUCCCUGAAACGUGACCAUGUGGAUCCAACAGCUUUUAGGACUCAGCUCCAUGUCCAUCCGCUGGCCCGGCCGCUCUCUGGGAAGCCAUGCCUGGAUACUGAUAGCCAUGCUACAGCUCGCAGUUGACUUCCCGUCCUGUGACUCGUUAGGCCCAGGGCCUGAGUUCCGGCUCCUUUCGCGUCCACAGAGGCCCCAGCGGCUGUGGAGUCUGCGAAGUGGACCCCCAACAAGGCUACCAACGCCAGCCUGGAGUCCCCGUGCUGCCCGGGCCGAACGUGCCCAUGGGCCCAUACAGAUGCAGACUCCCCGUGCUCGGAGGGCUCACAGGCCCAGGGACCAGGUGGCCACCCUCGGACCCAAAGGGGGACUCACCAAGCCCCCAGCUGCCACGGGAUCCAGCCCUUCCCUCACCUCUGCGUCGGCCUCAUCCUCCAUGGUGGCUGCUGGCACAGCAGAGCAUCAGAGCCUCUUAAGGCGGGGUAGGAGGCACACACAUGACACGGGGUUCAACGAUUUCAACUUCCGGGGCGGCAGGCCCACGACAGAGACAGAGUUCAUAGCCUGGGGGCCUACUGGGGAUGAGGAAGCCCUAGAAUCCAAUACUUUCCCUGGUGGAUUCGGCCCCACCACGGUGUCCAUCUUGCAAACACGGAAGACGACUGUGGCCACCACCACCACCACCACCACCACGGCCACCGCCAUGACACUGCAGACUAAGGGGGUCACUGAGUUCCUAGAUCCCUGGAAAAGGACCCCUGUUGGGGUUAGCACAACAGAGCCUUCCACCAGUCCCAGCAACGACAGGAAAGACAUCCAGCCCCCAAGGAUCUUGGGGGAGACCUCAGGUCUGGCUGUACAUCAGAUCAUCACCAUCACCGUCUCCCUCAUCAUGGUCAUCGCUGCACUCAUCACAACUCUUGUCUUAAAAAAUUGCUGUGCCCCAAGUGGGCACACUCGGAGGAACAGCCACCAGCGGAAGAUGAACCAGCAGGAGGAGAGCUGCCAGAACCUAACGGACUUCACCCCGGCCCGGGUGCCCAGCAGCGUGGACAUCUUCACGGCCUACAAUGAGACGCUGCAGUGUUCUCACGAGUGCGUCAGGGCGUCCAUGCCCGUGUAUGCCGAUGAGACCCUGCACUCGACUGGGGAGUACAAGUCCACCUUCAAUGGAAACCGAUCCUCGUCUGCAGAUCGGCAUCUCAUCCCUGUGGCCUUUGUGUCUGAGAAAUGGUUUGAAAUCUCCUGCUGACUGGCCGAAGGCUUUUUACCUCCUGAGGACGGGGCAGACGCCAUGUGUCUGUUUCAUGGGUUCCAUUGGUGAACUUGUACAAACAAAACGAAAAA